AUGGACCUGUGUGUGACCGUCAAAGGCGUCUCUUUCCUCUUGCAGACAGGUAUGGGCAUCUUGGGGAACAUCGUGGUCCUGCUGGCCUACGCCCACAUCAUCUUUACGAAGUCCAAGCUGCUUCCUGUGGACAUGAUCCUGUGCCACCUAGCCUUUGCCAACCUUGUGCUCCUGCUGACCCGCGGCGUCCCCCAGACCAUGAUGGUCUUCGGCCGCACUAACCUGCUCAAUGAUUCGGGCUGCAAGGUGGUCAUUUUCAGCUAUCGCAUCAGCCGGGCGUUGUCCGUGUGCCUCACCUGCAUGCUCAGUGUGUUCCAGGCAGUGACCGUUGCCCCAGGCUUGUCCAGACUGAAGUCUGGCCUUCACUGCCUGGUCCUCCCCACCUUUGCAGGACUCUGGUUACUCAACUCAGCCAUAUACUUUCAAACCUUUUUUAGUGCUGUAGCUCCACAGAAUGGCACCAACCCCGCCUUUACGCUCAACGUGGGCUUCUGCCUUGUGGACUUCAAAAACAACCUGAACUACCUCAUCAAGGGGGUUUUGGUUUCCGGAAGGGAUUUUUCCUUCGUGGCCCUCAUGGUGGCCUCCAGCGGUUACAUACUGCUGCUGCUCCACCGCCACAGCCGCCAGGUGAGAGCAAUCCGUCGCUCCCAAGGCAGAGGGGUUGAGACCCGAGCAGCAAAGACGGUGGUUACCCUGGUGGUCCUGUACGUCGUCUUCUUUGGGAUCGAGAACAUGAUCUGGAUCUACAUGCUGACCGAGGCCAAGAUGUCCCCAGCGGUGGCUGACAUGAAGGUGUUCUUCUCCUCAUGCUAUGCUUCCCUCAGCCCGUACUUCAUCAUUUCCUCCAAUAAAAAGGUCAAGGCCAAAGUUCUGUGUGCGGCCGAGCAAGACCAACCAGCAUCCAUGGACACUCAGGAGUCACGUGAUAAAUGA